CACAUUUACAGAGGAUUAACUCGCCAUGAACGCCGACAGCCGUUUUUUCCAGAGAGCCUCCGCGGCUUUCCGCCGCUACCCCUUUCUCCCCAAAGCACUCGUAAUCGUCACCAUCAGCGGUGGAGGUCUAGCGGCAUCCACGCAGACGAAUCUAGUGGGCACUGCAUAUGCGGAUGCGGGUGAGGGUGAGGUGAAGAGGAAGAAAGUUGUAGUCUUGGGAACAGGUUGGGCAGGCAUGAGCUUUCUGAAAACGUUGAAGGAUCCGUCCUACGAUGUUCAGAUCGUGUCUCCUCGGAACUUCUUCGUUUUCACUCCGCUGUUGCCCAGUGUCACCGUGGGUACGGUUGAGGCGCGCAGCGUUGUAGAGCCAAUACGCAAAAUUGUCAGAGGGAAAAAGUUUGACGUCCAGUUCAAGGAAGCCGAAUGUUACAAGAUUGACACAGAGAAGAAGAAAGUGUAUUGCCGUUCAUCGCAGAUGCGGCUUCCCAUGGUCCGGCGACUAAAACGCAUGUACGAGAUGCGUUUGGAGUAUUAUACGUUAGAUGCAUCUCGUACAAGCGUCUAA